CCCCCCGCGGCCGCGGCGAGGCUGGCGCUGGGAAGAGGAAGAAGAACAUUCGCCCUCCUCCUACCAGCGCGCGGGCGGCGGCGGCGGCGGCACCGGGGUCACGAACUCUGACCUUUCACUGACAAAAACAAUAACAAACCCCCCCUUCCCCGCGACCCCGGCGGCGCCCCCGGGCCCGCCCCCGCCACCCCCGCUCCCACCUCGGCGUCUCGUCUCUCGCCUGCUGCCCCGCGAGCCCGCGGCCCCGGGGCUCCCGCCAUCCGCCAACGCCGGGAGCCCGGCCUCCCCGCGCCCUGCCCUCCGCGUCGGGGGCCGCCCGCCGCAGACACGGGACCUGCUUCGAGGCCGCUUUGGCGCCAAAUCCUGAGGUUCUCUAAUGAUCUUGCUUCACCAUGGCUACAAAUAUGGAGGGGCUGGUUCAGCACAGAGUGGGGACCCAGCAGGUGGCUGAGGUACCACGGACACAGACCUCUCGGCCGGAAUCUCCAGGGAUGACCAGCCCCUCCCCGCGCAUCCAGAUAAUCUCCACCGACUCUGCGGUAGCUUCACCUCAGCGAAUUCAGAUUGUGACAGACCAGCAGACAGGACAGAAGAUCCAGAUAGUCACCGCAGUGGACGCCUCCGGAUCCCCCAAGCAGCAGUUCAUCCUGACCAGCCCAGAUGGAGCUGGAACUGGGAAGGUGAUCCUGGCUUCCCCGGAGACAUCCAGUGCUAAGCAGCUCAUAUUUACCACCUCGGACAACCUUGUCCCUGGCAGGAUCCAGAUCGUCACGGACUCUGCUUCUGUGGAGCGCUUGCUGGGUAAGGCCGACGUCCAGCGGCCACAGGUAGUAGAAUACUGUGUGGUCUGUGGCGACAAAGCCUCUGGCCGUCACUAUGGGGCUGUUAGUUGUGAAGGUUGCAAAGGUUUCUUCAAAAGGAGUGUAAGGAAAAAUCUGACCUAUAGCUGCCGGAGCAACCAAGACUGUAUCAUAAACAAACACCACCGGAACCGCUGUCAGUUUUGCCGGCUGAAAAAAUGCUUAGAGAUGGGCAUGAAGAUGGAAUCUGUGCAGAGUGAACGGAAGCCCUUUGAUGUACAACGGGAGAAACCAAGCAAUUGUGCUGCUUCAACUGAGAAAAUCUAUAUCCGGAAGGACCUGAGAAGUCCUCUGAUAGCCACUCCCACAUUUGUGGCAGAUAAAGAUGGAGCAAGACAAACAGGUCUUCUUGAUCCAGGGAUGCUUGUGAACAUCCAACAGCCUCUGAUACGUGAGGAUGGUACAGUUCUCCUGGCCACGGAUUCCAAGGCUGAAACAAGCCAGGGAGCUCUGGGCACACUAGCAAAUGUAGUAACCUCCCUUGCCAACUUAAGUGAAUCCCUGAACAAUGGUGACGCUUCGGAAAUGCAGCCGGAGGACCAGUCUGCGAGUGAAAUUACCCGGGCAUUUGAUACCUUAGCUAAAGCACUUAAUACCACAGACAGCUCCUCACCUCCAAGCCUAGCAGAUGGGAUAGAUGCCAGUGGAGGAGGCGGAAUCCAUGUGAUCAGCAGAGACCAAUCCACACCCAUCAUUGAGGUCGAAGGGCCCCUCCUUUCAGACACUCAUGUCACAUUUAAGCUCACGAUGCCUAGCCCGAUGCCAGAGUACCUCAAUGUGCACUACAUCUGCGAGUCAGCAUCCCGCCUGCUUUUCCUCUCCAUGCACUGGGCCAGGUCAAUCCCAGCCUUUCAGGCACUUGGGCAGGACUGCAACACCAGCCUGGUGCGGGCCUGCUGGAACGAGCUCUUCACCCUUGGCCUGGCCCAGUGUGCCCAGGUCAUGAGUCUCUCCACUAUCCUGGCAGCCAUUGUCAACCACCUGCAGAACAGCAUCCAGGAAGAUAAACUUUCUGGAGACCGGAUAAAGCAAGUCAUGGAGCACAUCUGGAAGCUUCAGGAGUUCUGUAACAGUAUGGCGAAGCUGGAUAUAGAUGGCUAUGAGUAUGCAUACCUUAAAGCUAUAGUUCUCUUUAGUCCUGAUCACCCAGGUUUGACCAGCACAAGCCAGAUUGAAAAAUUCCAAGAAAAGGCACAGAUGGAAUUGCAGGACUAUGUUCAGAAAACCUACUCGGAAGAUACUUACCGAUUGGCCCGGAUUCUUGUUCGCCUGCCAGCACUCAGGCUGAUGAGCUCCAACAUAACAGAAGAACUUUUUUUUACCGGUCUCAUUGGCAAUGUGUCAAUAGACAGCAUAAUCCCCUACAUCCUCAAGAUGGAGACAGCAGAGUAUAACGGCCAGAUCACCGGAGCCAGCCUAUAG